AUGACCAGCCUCAUGCUCUUCAGUGGCAGCUCCAACCAGGAUCUGUCCCAGCGGGUGGCUGACCGGCUGGGCUUGGAGCUGGGCAAGGUGGUCACCAAGAAGUUCAGCAACCAGGAGAUCUGCGUGGAGAUCGGUGAAAGCGUGAGAGGGAAAGAUAUCUACAUUAUCCAGAGCGGCUGUGGAGAUGUCAACGACAACCUGAUGGAGCUUCUCAUCAUGAUCAAUGCCUGCAAGACCGCAUCGUCGUCCAAGGUGACUGCAGUGAUCCCGUGUUUUCCGUAUGCCCGUCAAGAUAAAAAGGACAAGAGUCGUGCUCCGAUUUCUGGGAAACUUGUGGCCAACAUGCUCUCGGUCGCCGGGGCUGAUCACAUCAUUACCAUGGACCUGCAUGCCUCUCAGAUCCAGGGAUUCUUUGACAUUCCUGUGGAUAAUUUGUACGCGGAGCCCGCGGUCCUGCAGUGGAUUCGGGAGAACAUCACGGACUGGAGGAACUGUAUCGUGGUUUCCCCUGACGCGGGGGGAGCCAAAAGAGUCACGUCAAUUGCGGACAGGUUGAAUGUGGAUUUUGCCUUGAUUCACAAAGAAAGGAAGAAGGCGAAUGAAGUUCACCGGAUGGUCCUGGUGGGCGACGUGAGGGGCCGUGUGACCAUCCUCGUGGACGAUAUGGCCGACACAUGUGGCACAAUCUGCCAUGCUGCAGGUAAGCUGCUCGCGGCCGGAGCCACCAAAGUUUACGCUAUCCUUACUCAUGGGAUCUUCUCUGGGCCGGCUAUUUCCAGAAUAAACAGUGCCCCCUUCGAAGCUGUUGUUGUUACAAACACAAUUCCGCAAGAGGACAAAAUGAUUCACUGCUCCAAGAUCCAGGUUAUUGACAUUUCGAUGAUCUUGGCCGAGGCAAUCCGCAGGACCCACAACGGUGAAUCCGUGUCGUACCUGUUCAGCCACGACCUGCUGCUGUAA